AUGGCGUUCGAAAACAGACCGUCCGAGCUCCGCGUCCCCGGUUCCUAUCAAAACCAAUACACCUGUACAACAAUUCAAUAUAGAUCGAUAAAAACAUCCGAUUCUCCGCCGCCAUAUUACUACGAAGACGUCAAACCAGUGAUAACAAUACCCUUUUCGAUUAACAACAUUCUUCAACCAGAUUUCGGAUUGAACGCAAUUCGCAAGACUAAAUUACAAUUGGGAGGACGAAAGACUGUGUCCAGCGAACCCAAAGAGCCAAAGAUUGUUGAGCAAAAGAGGCCGGACUCCGCCAGUUCUAUUGUGUCUUCUUCGAGCGGUUCAACGAGUACAGACACCAACAGCCAGUCUGGAAACGGUACUCUAUGGCCGGCAUGGGUCUAUUGCACGAGAUAUAGUGAUCGACCAAGUUCAGGUUAG